UCCUAGUUUCCAAACAAGCCCAACUCUGAAACUCUUCCUCGUUCAGUUUCAAAUUACAGUGACCGGGAUAGAGAGAUCCAAGAGCCAAAUUCGAAGGAUCCGACAAAAAUGGCUCCGAGAUCCGAUUCACAAACCCUAUCAACCGUCUCCGGCGUAUCGGACGGUUCAGAUCAGUCCUCGAUCGAUCCGAUGUUCCACCUUCUCCGAAUCCUCCCGUUCUCCUUUCUCCGACCACCGCGUCUCCGUCUCAAGAUCCCAUCGUUCACGCUUCCGUCUCCGAUGACCGUAUACGCUUUGAUUCUCCUCACCUACUUUCUGGUAGUAUCCGGUUUCGUCUACGACGUGAUAGUCGAGCCUCCGGGUAUCGGAUCGACCCAUGACCCAAUCACCGGAGCCAUACGACCCGUGGUGUUUAUGUCGGGUCGGGUUAACGGGCAAUACAUCAUUGAAGGUCUCUCAUCCGGAUUCAUGUUCGUUCUUGGUGGGAUUGGGAUCGUUAUGCUUGAUUUGGCGCUUGAUAAGAACAGAGCCAAGAGCGUUAAAGCUUCAUAUGCUAGUGCUGGUAUCUCCUCCAUUGUGAUCGCUUAUGUCAUGAGUAUGCUCUUCAUCCGGAUUAAGAUCCCUGGUUAUCUCCAUUAGGUUUUGAGAUCGAUCAGUCGAAAAAAAGUUGUCUUUUUUAGUGUUUUCGAGUAGCUCGGUUUUGGAACUGUAGAUUGCGUUUAUAAUUUGAGUAAAAAGUUCAAGCAUUUCUCUUUUUGGAUUUGAAUUAAAUUCUUAGUAAAUGUUCAAUCGAUUUUCAUGUUGCCUCAUUGUGCAUAUUUCUGUGGGAAUAAUAUAAUUACGGAUAAAAAAGUAGAGACCUUUUUUAGGUGGCUUCGUGUGUCUUAUUUCAACGAAACACUUAAGCUGUGUAGUGUAACAGAGGAAGUAGGAGUUGGGAAGUGAAAUCAUCUUCCUUUGACUAUGAUCUGAGUGUUGAUACUUUUGUCUGCUAAGUACAUCGUUUUGAUAACCAAAGUAAAUGUGAUAUUGAAGAGAGAAAAAACGAUUAACAAGGAGCCUGGAAAGACACCACGAGAGUGUUAGGCCUUGUUUGUUAGCCUUAUAUAUUUGUCAGAAACUUCAUAAAUAAAUCUUCCUGAUUCGAACUGUGUUUGUCAAUAGAAAUCUUGAGUCUUUUGCUAAUGUCUACAGAAACAGGAAGAGAAGGGGAUGAUGUUCAUAAAAGGAAGACUUUAUUCAUUAGCAAAAUUUGGCAUGCAUAGAAACAGGGACCUGGUUCAAGCAUAUAUGAUGAAAAAAAACAAGAAUUCUAGAAUCUGAUGAACAUAUUAGAUACUCUUUAUACAUUUGAUUAUAGACAAAAUUGGAUUGUUUUGGCCUCGGUGCUACGGAUGUGUGCAUAGGUGUUAGGAAUGUGGAACCUCUUUGUUGUUGUCUGUUUUAUCGGCUGAAAUAGGUUCUUGGAGAAAAGAGACGACGUGGGGAGAACAUUCCAGAAUACCUAGGCGAGGCAAGACUGUCGAUGGAACGGUAUUCAGGCAUGAUGAACCCUUCCCUCUCCUCCCUAUUCCAGCUUCUUGAUGCGCCAUUGAAUGUCCCAUAUUUCACCAAUUUACCGAAUCCCCAUGACUUCUUCUUGCUGGGACUCUUUGGUGAGACACCAUUCAUCUUCUGUGUCAGAUACUCUCUCACCACCUGCAAACUCUGCUCCAUCACCUCAAUGGGCGGGGACACGAGUGGGUUUCCUUCGACACUCAGCUUCCUCAACCGUCUCAUGCAGCCAAUGGACUCAGGCAAGGCGGUGAUCUUGUUGUAGCUAACAUCGAGCUCGAUGAGGUUCAUUAGGAGGCCAAUAGAAGCCGGGAGGGUGGAGAGAUACUGGAAGUUCUGGCUGACGUUUAGGAUCUCGAGGUUGAUGAGGUUCUCGAGAUCUUCCGGUAGAAUCAUGAGGCAGUUAAGACGGGCGUCGAGGACACGGAGAGAGGUUAGGUGAGUAAUGGAAACUGGGAGGCUAAUGAGCUUGUUGGAGUUGAUGGAGAGCUUCCUUAGAUUGGUGAGUUCAAAUCCAAUUGAGUCUGGUAAUCUGAUGAGUUUGUUGAAGUUUGCGUUAAGCUCUUCCAGAGACCUGAGAAAAACCACAAAAAGGGAAUCAUGUAUUUGUUGGUUUGGUUGGUUUUGUGAAAGUUAUGGGGUUGAACCUGCAAUGUUGGAUAGAUUUGGGGAGGGAAACAAGAAAAUUGCCGGAGACGUUGAGGCACUUGAGCUUGGAGAGACAACCAAUGGAGUUUGGAAGAGCUUUGAUCUGAUUCGAGUGGACAUCUAAUGCUAUCAAGUUGAGUAGUCUCGCUGUUAGUGAUUCUGGUAUGGUCUGUGUCACAAUUACAUAUUAUCCAAAUAGACAAAUUAGCAUUGUACGUGCUAAUGAUAUGUAUCGAAUUAUGCAAUAGAAAUGUCUCAGAAUGUGUAUAAACAUAUGUAUGUGUGUAGAUAUGAACCUGGAGAUGAUUGUUGGAGAGAUCAAGCUUGCAUAUUUGAGCUAAAUUGAGUGAGGGAUUAGGGAGAGACUCUAAUGCCAUGCCACUCAAAUUCA